GAGAUGAAAUUACCAUAAAGGGCUUGGUCCUUGUGGGUCUCCGUCCCAAAGUCGCAUAAGGCCGAGUAGGAGGAGGUUGGGGAUUUGUGGGAAAGGCAGAGACUUUGAGAGAGAUUGGGAGGCUAUGGAGGCUUAUAAGAAAUGGGUCAGGGAGAACAAGGACUAUGUUCACUCCUUGGAGUCUCUCGCCAAUGGAUUCACUUGGCUUCUACCUGAACGGUUUUCUCAAUCAGAGAUAGGACCAGAAGCAGUAACUACUAUCUUGGGAAUAUUAACUGCUGUCAAUGAACAUAUAAUCGACACAGCUUCUCCUCGAUUACAUGCUGGUCAUGCUGCGCGUAAUUCUUUUCCUUAUCCAUUGUGUAUAUCUGCACUAAAGGACUUGGAAACGUUGGUUGAAGUUGUGGCUCAACAGUACUUUGGUGAUGACAAAAAAUGGAAUUACAUUGCUAUUAUGGAGGCUAGCAAGGUGCUAGUUAGGUUAGCUUUGUUCCGGAACAGUGGAUAUAAGAUGCUUCUCCAUGGAGGAGAGACACCAAAUGAUGAAAAAAAUUUGGAUACUUUAACUCCUCAGCGUCGAAGUGGUGGUUUUAUGAAGCCUGGUGAGCAGCAUGGGAAUGGUCACUUGAGAAAUAAUCAUGCACAGGAUCCAUGGAAUUUAGAAGGAAGAGCACUAUCUGCAUUGAAUAGGUUUGGAGAAAAGGCUAGAACUGUUUCAGAUCCAGUAUGGUUGCGUCGGGUUCAACACCAGCAUGCCAUUAUGGAGCCUCCAACUCCAAUGGUUGAGAGGUCGACUCUAUCCUCCAUAUUGUCCGAAAAGGGUCUCCAUGGGGCUUUGUAUGUGGCUGGGGAAGUGCUAUUUAUAACAAGACCACUUAUUUAUGUUUUAUUUAUUCGGAAAUAUGGAGCUCGCUCCUGGAUUCCUUGGUUUCUUUCGCUGGCUGUGGACUUCACUGGAAUGGGCAUUCUAUCUCGAAUUACUUCGUCCACAGGUAGUACAAAAGAGCAGCAGUUUCAUCUUUCUGUCCCUGAAAAGAAUGAGGUUAAAAGACGAAAACUGUUAUGGGCACUUUACCUCAUGAGAGAUCCGUUUUUCAGCAAGUAUACCAGGCGAAGACUUGAAGGCACUGAGAAUAUGUUGGAACAUAUACCAGUAGUUGGAUUUCUUGCAGCAAAACUUGUUGAGCUUAUUUCAGGAGCACAGUCAAGGUAUACUUACAUGUCGGGAUCAUAAGACGGGGUUUGCAAUGAAUUAUGGCUCUUAGAGUAGUUCCACAGUUCGUUUAGGAUUUUAGGUGAAGUAAAUUCCCCAAGCUGUAUGAUGGUGAUUAUGUAUUUUCUUGUGGUUCAUAAAUAUUGACAAAUAUAUGACAUUGUUGUAUCAAAUUUUGUUAAAUUGUCAAAGAAAAAAUAUUUAAUGUAUUUCUAGUAACCAAUUUGAGAGAACGUUUGGAAACCCUGGUUAUUGAAAA